AUGAUCUCCACAAUCACGCCCAUUGUCGCCGAGCAACUCGCCAACCAUCCGCUCCGGUCCAUGCUCGUUCUUCUCCUCAUCACACCCAUUGCCUACCUGAUCUCCAACGAGUAUGUUCGCUACACGCGCCGUCUCAAGGGUUUCUCGGGACCCAGAAACUGGCCUCUCGUCGGCAACAUUCCAGAUAUCAAAUACAACGCGGCAGAGAAGUACCGCGAAUGGUCUAGGCAAUACGGCGCAGUUUACCAGAUCCAACUCGGCAACGAGCCUGUAGUGGUGGUGAACAGCGCGGAAGCAGCGCGCAAAAUCUUCGGCGGUAACAGCCAGGCGCUCAGCUCGAGACCGGUGUUUUGGACGUUCCACAAGGUGCUGAGCAACACGGCGGGCACGACGAUCGGAACGAGUCCGUUCAACGACAGCUUGAAGAGGAGGAGAAAAGGGGCUGCGAGCGCGCUCAACAAGCCGAGUAUUGCGACGUAUGUCGACCACCUGGAUUUGGAGACGAAAGACUUUGUCAAGGAUGGGUUUGAGUCUGGACGUGCCGGGACGGUUGGCGUGGACCCGAUGCCGAUGAUCGAGCGGCUUUCGCUUUCGUUGAGCCUGACGCUGAACUGGGGAACGCGCAUGGGCAGCCGUGAAGAUCCCAUGUUCCAUGAGAUUACAGAGGUUGAGGCUGCGAUCAGCAAGUUCAGAUCCACGACGGGCAACCUGCAAGACUACAUCCCCAUUCUGAGGUUGAACCCGUUUAGCGGAGGUACGAAGAUGGCGAAGGAGUACCGGGUCCGGCGCGAUGCGUACUUGCACCGACUGAACAAGGACUUGGAUGAUCGUAUGGAGAAGGGAACGCACAAGCCGUGCAUCCAGGCCAAGAUCAUCGAGGACAAGGAAGCUGCGCUGAACAAGGAGGAGCUUACUUCGAUCAGCCUGACGAUGCUUUCUGGCGGUCUCGAUACGAUUACCACGCUCGUGCAGUGGAGUGUUGCUCUCCUGGCCCAGCGACCGGACAUCCAGAACAAGGCCGUGGCUGAGAUCCGCAAGCUGUACUCGGAAGAGCAGCCGCUGGCGGAUGCGUACGAUGACCAGAAGUGUGCGUACAUUGUCGCGCUAGUCAGGGAGUGUCUGCGCUUCUACACUGUGCUACGCCUGGCGCUCCCACGUGCCACAGUCAAGGAUGUCAUCUACGAGGGCAAGUUGAUUCCGGCUGGGAGCACAAUCUACCUCAACGCGUGGGCGUGUAACAUGGAUCCAGACGUCUGGUCCGACCCCGAGACCUUCCGCCCGGAGCGCUGGCUCGAGCAGCCUGAUGCACCGCUCUUCACGUACGGCCUCGGAUACCGCAUGUGCGCUGGCUCGCUGCUUGCAAACCGUGAGCUGUACCUCGUGUUCCUGCGCGUGCUGAACAGCUUUGAGCUCGUCAAGGACUCGGAUGUUGACACACAUCCCGUGAGGGGAAGCGCAGACCCGACGAGUUUGGUGUGCAUGUGCAGACACUACAAGAUCAAGUUUGUGCCUAGGAACGAGAGGGCGCUGCGGCAGGCGUUGAAGGAGGCAGACGAGCGGUUGGCGGAGGAAUGA